AUGACUCAAGCAACAGAAGGCCCCUGCCUUAGACUAUGGAGUAGGUCUCAAACACAGGCUAACCAGGCUGCCUUAGCUGUUCAAGCACAGGAAACUUAUCGAAUGCAAAUUGAGGAGAAGGCACGUAAUCGCCUGCGGCGGCACCAGCGUGUUUUCACCUGGAUGUACAACAUACUCGCAGUUGGCGAGCUCGUGUACUUCAUAGUCGGGCUGUACGUAGUGGCGGACCUGCAGGACAAUCCGUUGCUGGGGCCCGGGCAGGAUGGUAUCUUAAAAAUGGGAGGCACCUACACGCAACGCAUCAUCAACCGGCACCAGUACUGGCGCCUCAUCACCUCACUCUUCCAUAACGCAGGUGCCAUCCACUUGACUGCCAAUAUGGGAAUGGUUUGGACGUUUGGUCAUUUCCUGGUUCGGGAGAUCAGUCCCUGGCUGGUUGCGAUGAUGUACGUCACCGCGGGUCUUUCCGGGCUGAUGGUGUCGGUGAAUGUGGGGGCGCAGCACUCCACCGCGGGGGCCUCCAUUCCGUCAUUCGCACUGGCGGGCGCUGCCACAGCCAUGCUCCUGUACCGGUGGCGGCGCUUCACCUGCCACGGCGUCUCGGCGGCGGCCGUGGCCUUCAUCGUGGCAGCCAAUGCCUUCAUCGGCGCCACACCCUUCGUAGACAACAGCGGGAAUACCGCUGGGUUUGUAUUCGGAGGGGUGAUAUGCAUGGGCGUCAUGAUGAAAACGGACACCAAGCUAGGCGCUGUGGCGGUGUACACCAUCGCCGUGUUGGCGGUGGCGGUGCUGCUGGCCGCCAUUGUUGCCGGUUUGGCCGGUCUGCAGCUGGGGACUCCCAUUGCCGGGUGCUGCAAUGCGUGGGUGUGCACCCCCAGCCCCUGGUGGGACUGUAACUCGAGUCGGAUCUGGCCCCGCUCCUGCACCCUCACCAGCUACAGCAACACCACAUCCAUACUCACAUGUCCGCAGGGCAACACAGUCGAUGUCAGCGUGGACGCGGAUGCCGGCGCGGAUGUCAUCCAGAUCAUUUGCGACACGCUCUGCGCCAGCGGACCCAGCAGUGGCUAUCUAGGGUCUUUUCACUGUUAUACCUCGAGGGCGCAGGGCCAGGCCUUCGUGUGCGGUUCUCAGGCGACGGACGAGAGCGGGCUAAUGUGA